GGAAACCAUAAUAUACCUCUCCCUUAUAUUAUAACGAAAGAAAAUCUCAUUCUAGGGUUUUUAUUUCUCUCCUCUACUGCUGAUUUCUUCCUUAGGGUUUGGUUCUCAGAGUACAGCAUCACUGAAAAUGGCACCAAAGAAGGAGAAAGCUCCCCCACCAUCUUCAAAGCCAGCUAAAUCUGGUGGUGGUAAACAAAAGAAGAAGAAGUGGAGCAAAGGAAAGCAAAAGGAGAAGGUUAACAACAUGGUGUUGUUUGAUCAAGCUAGUUAUGACAAGCUUAUCUCUGAAGCACCAAAAUACAAACUCAUCACUCCCUCUGUUAUUUCUGACAGAUUGAGAAUCAAUGGGUCGCUUGCAAGGAGAGCUAUCAGGGAUUUGGUGGCCAAAGGUUUGGUCAGACUUGUAUCUGCCCAUUCCAGCCAACGGAUUUACACAAGGGCAACCAAUACCUAAUUCUUUGUUAUCUAUGUUGUUCCUUUAGGAAUGCAUUCUUAUGACAAAUUUUGGAUCAGUGCAGUUUUGUAAUAGGCAGAAUUCUAGCUACUGCUGCUUUUGUUAUUAAGACUAUUUUCUGACUAGGUAAUAUGUUUUCUGGGAUUAUUUUAUUUUAAAUGUUCCUUGUUCAAACA